AUGAGUUGCUUGCCCUUGAUCUCUGGCCUUCAAGGAUGGAAGAAAAAGGAACAAAACUUUCCUCGGCUCGCGAUAAGCCUUAUCUUUGUUACUAAUAUAUUACUAAUCAAAGGACCUCAUGGGUUUGGUCACGUGCAGCGCGAAGGAUGGACGGAGACGAGGAAGACGGACGACGUCAAGGAAGAAGAAGAAGAAAACACUUGGGAGAGACAGAGGAAGAAGUGA